AAAAACUUAUACAGUACAUUUUUCUGUUGCGCAUGUAUUUCUUUUUUUGGUGCUUUGCUGUCCUUACAUUGCAGGACAUCUCUCUGUUCAUCUCUCUUCACCGCUUUUUACCUUAAUUUUAUUCCCUUAUUUGUUCUCAUUCUAGGUUUAUGUUUUGCUACUUAAUCUAAGACAAACAUUCAUGUACACAGGCUCAACAAGCCUCCAAUGUGCUGUUUCAUGAAUGAAAGAAGAAGAAAUUAGGGGGAGGAGUUGUUAAUGCUUCAUUGAGGGCUGAGUGGUGAGAUGGACCAGGGUCCCUCCUGUGCCUCCAUGCACAUUAAAUAAUUAAAUCUUCAAAUUUACUAGUCACAUCGCUGAGUAGCUGACAACCUUACACUGUAAUCCAGUGACAGGAGAAAAGAUUAUCAGUGGCAAAAUGGAUCCAGCCAAAGGUUUGAAUCGACCAGUGGACAUUGUGGCAAACAGUGCUGAAAAGAUGAAGGACAGAGGCCAGUGGAGCAACAAAAUGGAAUUUGUGCUCUCUGUAGCUGGAGAAAUUAUUGGACUAGGCAAUGUGUGGCGUUUCCCUUACCUCUGCUAUAAAAAUGGAGGAGGUGCCUUUUUCAUUCCUUACCUAAUCUUUCUUGCCACUUGUGGAAUCCCUGUCUUUUUUCUCGAGACAGCACUGGGUCAGUAUACCAGUGAGGGAGGAAUCACUUGCUGGAGAAAAAUAAGCCCAUUGUGUGAAGGCAUUGGUUAUGCCACCCAAGUCAUAGUAGCCUUGUUAAAUAUCUAUUAUAUAAUCGUUUUGGCCUGGGGAAUCUUUUAUCUGUUCUUCUCUUUCUCUUGGGACCUGCCAUGGGCCUCCUGCAACAACACCUGGAACACAGGUGUGCUGAUUUUGAUUUAUUUAUCACAUAUCCCAUUUAUGUGCCACUUAAUGCAGCAGUGCAAAAAGUUCAAAUUAACUUUUAAGAUUGUGUCUUUCAUGAAUUGUGCUAAUAGCAAAUUAUAUUAUUUAGAUACUUGCAUGGAAUUUCAGCGAAGAAAUUAUUCUAUCGUUCAAAGUCAUCUGAACAAUGCAACUUCUCCAGUCAUUGAAUUUUGGGAGAGAAGAGUUCUGCGUAUCUCCUCAGGCAUUGAUGAAAUUGGAGAGCUGCACUGGGACUUAGCUCUCUGUCUGCUUUUUGCCUGGAUACUUUGUUACUUCUGCAUUUGGAAGGGUGUCAAGUCCACUGGGAAGGUUGUUUAUUUUACUGCAACCUUUCCAUACGUUAUGCUGCUGAUUCUACUAAUCAGAGGGAUUACUUUGCCAGGGGCAUCACGUGGGAUACAGUUCUAUCUUUACCCUGACCUGGGACGUCUGGCAGAUCCGCAGGUGUGGAUGGAUGCAGGAACACAAAUCUUCUUCUCUUAUGCUAUCUGUCUGGGCUGCUUGACAGCCCUGGGAAGCUACAAUAAAUACAACAACAAUUGCUACAGAGAUUGUGUGGCUUUAUGCUUCCUGAACAGUGGUACAAGUUUUGUAGCUGGAUUUGCCAUUUUUUCUAUCCUGGGUUUCAUGUCUUUUGAGCAGAAUGUCCCGAUUUCAGAAGUAGCAGAAUCAGGCCCAGGAUUGGCUUUUAUUGCUUAUCCACGUGCUGUUUCCAUGAUGCCAUUCUCUUCUUUGUGGGCUUGUUUCUUUUUCAUUAUGAUUGUGCUGCUUGGCAUGGAUAGUCAGUUUGUCUGCGUGGAAAGUCUGGUCACAGCAGUAGUUGACAUGUACCCAUCAGUGUUCCGUCGUAAAUAUCGUAGAGAACUCCUAAUCCUUGUUGUGGCCCUCGUAUCUUUUCUUACGGGAUUGAUCAUGCUGACAGAGGGUGGAAUGUAUGUCUUCCAGCUAUUUGACUACUAUGCAGCCAGUGGGAUGUGCCUCCUCUUUGUUGGCAUUUUUGAGACAAUUUGCAUUGCCUGGAUUUAUGGUGCUGACCGUUUUUAUGACAAUAUUGAGGACAUGAUUGGUUAUCGGCCUGGGCCUUACAUUAAGUACUGCUGGUUGUUCCUGACUCCAGCCACGUGUUUUGGCACCUUUGCUUUCUCCUUGAUCAAAUAUACUCCACUAAAGUACAACAGUGAGUAUGUGUAUCCAUGGUGGGGUUAUGCACUGGGCUGGCUCCUGGCUUUGUCCUCCAUGGUCUGUAUUCCCCUAUGGAUUGUGUAUAAGAUGGGCACUGCCAAAGGAACACUAAAAGAGAGAUUUCAAGAGCUGACCACACCAUCCCCUGAUCUGCCCAUAACGCGACAGGAACAAGAGAAACUACAUGUUAUCUUUACUGCUGAUGGGGAAGGUCUUUCUCAGAGAAGAGCUUCUACCAAAGAUGGAUACUUUCUUGUGACUGAGAAGGAAUCGCAUUGCUGAAUUCUUUAAUGCGAAGAGACACUAUGGAGCACUUCAUGUUUCAUCCUUGGAGCCCUUACAUUAAUACCUCACUCUGUGGAUGACAGCCAAACAACACCAAACAGAGUGGCUGUGAAAUAGUUUUUUUGUAAUGUACUUUGGAUCAUAGAUAAAGCUAUGUCGCCCUCUGUGGGCACUUUUUAAUUAACAUCCAUUUUCUCUAGUGGUGUGGGACAUUUUCCUAUUUGUAAGCAAUGCAAUUUUUUAACCAUCAAAGGUUGCCAAGCCAGUGUGGGUUUCUUUGGCUCACAGGUUCUCUGCCUUUCCCCUGCAUGUUCAAAAACAUGACAGUAGAUGGUGGUGGAUUGGUAUUUGAAAUGGCUUGGUUAUGCUAAAUUAGCAUACUUGUGAUAAGUGUUGAAUGGUUGUGUCCAGUAAUGUUUCCAUCCUUGUGUGCAGAGUUCUCAGGAUUGUUUCUGGAACUACUACAAACCUGACCGGAUAAAUGAGUUACUGAAAAUAAAUGUAUAAAUAAACAUUAACUAAUACUUUUAUAUUAACCUGGGCAUUAGGGAAUGAAUGUGAAUGAAGAUUGAAUGUGGCUUAUUAUUUUACAUAUUUUGAUUAUUUUCCCUUUCCCUCAGUUUGGCUAGCUGGGUUUAUAUAGUCUGCUGUUUAUCAUAGUUGGUUGUUAGAAAAAACAAAAAGGCAAGUAUCUGUAAGUACAUUGUACUGUAUAUAUAUUGUGUACAAGAUUUAAAAAAUUGGUGAUACUUUUUACAGAUUUCAGUAUUUUUAAAUUAAUCAGUUCUAUGUUUGUAAUGAUUGUGUGAUUGUGUGUAUGUGUGUGUGCCCUGCAAUGGAUUUGCACCCUGUCCAGAGUGUCUUGCCCUAAGCCUCCUGGGAUAGGCUCCAGGCCCCCUGCAAUGCUGAAUACAGGAUAAAGCAGUAUAGAAGAUAAGUGAGUGAGUGAGUGAGUGAAUGAGUGAGAGUUCUAUGUAUGUGUGGCUGUUUUUUGUUUAAUUCCUAGUAUUGCAUGUUAAUAGUUGGAAUUCACUGUUCAGUAGAAGUUCACUGAGUAAGAAAGGAAGGCAGCAACAACAAUGAAUUAAGAUUUCUGACGAACUGGAGCUUUAAAAAAACUCUGAAAUUCACUUACAUUUUUGCAAUUACCCA